UAGCAUGCUCGUACUGACUGGGCCUGGAUGGUGUUUUGUGAUUGAUUUCAUGUCCUUUCACUGCAGGCAUUGUUUAGCAAAGCUGUUGAAGUGAAGAUUAAACAACUAGCAAGAGAAUUAGAAGAUAAGAAAGGAAAAGCUGCAAAGAUGCUUGAAAACAUCAUUGACUUGUUUAACCAGACAGCUGGUGACGCUAUUUCUGACAUGCUAGUGAUUGAAGCGAUCCUGGCUCUGAAGGGCCUGACUGUGCAGCAGUGGGAUGCUCUCUACACAGAUCUUCCAAACAGACAACUCAAAGUUAAGGUUGCAGACAGGAGAGUUAUUAGCACCACGGAUGCUGAAAGACAAGCACUUACACCGCCUGGACUACAGGAGGCAAUCAAUGACCUGGUGAAGAAGUACAAGCGCUCCCGAGCUUUUGUCCGGCCCUCUGGUACAGAAGAUGUCGUCCGAGUAUACGCAGAAGCAGACUCACAAGAAAGUGCAGAUAGCCUUGCACAUGAAGUGAGCUUGGCAGUAUUUCAGCUGGCUGGAGGAAUCGGAGAAAGACCUCAACCAAGUUUCUGAAGAUAAUUUUUAUAUACUGAGAAACUGGAUUUUCUAAAAACUGUAGACACUGUCACAGUCAUGGCAGCACUAAGAUAUCUGUAAUCAUAGUGUUUACAGUGCACGUUAGUGGAUUGUUUGUACAUCUGUUUUUCCUAAACACUACCAGAAUAAUUCUUUAGAAAUAGGUAAGCCUUACACUUGUUAAGAAGCUUACAUGUGAUUCAAUCAAUCAUUACUUCUCCAGGGUUUGCGGGAACAAUUUAUGCAGGAUGCUGGAAAAUUAAAUUUUAUUACCAAUUCCUUGUGAUGUCUUUGUUUCCCAUUACCUAACCCAGAUUCGCCAUUCUUGAUAUAUUUGGGGAGGGUGGAGAAGACUGUAUAACCAACUUUUCUAUGGUAGAUCUUCAGAGAUGACUACUUGCCUAUUUAGCUCCAACAGGAACUGAGGUGAGAACAACAGUGAGGCUGUCCAUCCCUCUUGGGCACUGAAGUGGAGGUGUUGUACUUGUGAGGAUACAUGGUCCAGGCUUCAGUUAUAUUUCACUGCUGUUAGUGAGGGAUGUAGAAGACUUACACCUAGUAAGUG